AUGGAUGGCUUGCUUCACCUGCAUCGUAAUCCGACAUUGCAAUGUUCCACCUUCCCCGUUCCCGUUCCUCUCCUCCAUUACCUUUCAGCCCAGCAGAAAAAUGAAGAGAAGCUGCACCUCACUUGCCUCGCCUUCACGCGUUCUUGCUCCAUGCCAAGUUUCAAACGCCAGGAGAGCGCGGUCCUCUUACCAACGCGACCGAGAGGUGGGAGUGGUGAGACUGGGAACAUCGUUGACCCCGCAAAAGGCAACUUCGCAGACGUCUUGAUAUGCCCACUAAUUCUAAUUUGCGAUGCUGUAGUUGUUUGCUGCCAGUCACAGGCGCGAAAGUUGAAGCCAGAUGCAACAACUGCUCCGAAUCCUACUACGCCUGACUUGCUACACAGAGGUGACGCUAAAGCAGCAUCUACCAUCCAUCCGGCGCAGCAGAGUGGGGCAUGGCGAGAUACGAAAAUCGUGGAACCGGCCAACUAG